AUGGCGUCAAUUGAAACUGGGUCAAGUUGUUUCACUGAGUGUCUUGGUAGUAUAUUAGAUCAAAUGUGUCGUAAAUCAUCUUAUUCAAAUUCUGUGAAACUUAUCAAUUUAAAUUAUUCAAACGAAAACGUAGCACAAAGUUUCACUCAUCAAGCUGUAUCAGUUUUGAAAGGAACAAUUAUACCUUAUAGUCUAAGAAGAUUUUUGUGGCCGCUGGCAUUAUUUACAGUCACUGAACGGACUAGAUCAGAAUUCGAAAAUCCAAUUCUUUGGAAUGGACAUAAAAUGAGAGAAUUAGAAUCAUCUACUCGAAAACAUUUUGGCGUUUUGUUGGCAUCUGGAACCUCAAAACUUGGAUUGACCACACCAAUGUGUUCAAAAUUUGAUGAUAUCAUUAAGAAAAGUGUGAAAGAGAUCAGUCUAGAACUUGAAACAAAAUUCAAAAAUCAACAAAAACAAUUUAAACAAUUCAAAGAACAAUCAGUGAAAAUUUUAAAUGUAUUUUAUACAGCUAAACAAAUUUAUGAUCCACUUUACAUUUAUUGGCUUCUUCCUAUACAUUUUGCACUUAAUAAAGACUAUAUUUAUGAAUUAAUUAAACAUUUCCCUGAUAUACCAACAAAAGUUUCUAUUAAUUCAUCUGAUGAAGGUAUUCAAAUCUAUUCGUUUGCUUUAUGUUUAAGUAUAUUUGUUGAUAUAAUGAGUAAAAAGUAUGGAUUAUAUCAUAAUAAUGUUAAUAAUAUAAUUGAAAAAACAAUGAACAAUAUCAAUCAACUACAAUGUAUUCAGCAUAUUAAAAAUGUUCAUAAAGAAUUUAUUCUCCGAAAUUCUAAUAAUAAUAAUAAUAAUUCUAUUAAGAAAUUGGAUUUCGAGGUAUUUCAAAGUCAAAUGAUGAAUGUGAAUGAUUUCAAUACUGAUCAAAGAUUAAACACAUUAAUUGAAAAUGAAAACUCAUACCUUUACAGGCUCUUAAAACAGUGGUUCGAUAAACUAUUUGUUGGUACUGUAAACAGUAUAGCUUUAUUAUUUUUUUGGGAUCAAUUAUUUUUAAAUUCAUUCAAUUGUGAUGUGAUUAUUGAAUUCGCUGAAACAAUCCUUGUGUUAUUAGGCUCAGAUAUUUUACAAGUUAAUAAUUUUACUGACAUGGAACAACUAUUAAACCAUGGACCGAAUAAACUUCUAACGAAGGACAUAAUUCAAACAUGGAAUAUGAUUCAUUUACAUAAAGUUUUAGAUGAUGAUUACUAUAAAUUAAACAGACUUUCUGGGAAAUUAGUAUCAUUAACAAGGGAAAUACAAGAAACAUCGAAGAAAGAUGUCAAUUUUUAUUUACAAGACUUUGUUAUACAUAAUAUAAUUGUAACAACAGUAACAGAUUCAAGAAAAAUUUUACCCCCUGAUUUAUUUCGUAUAAAACUGGACUAUAUUGUUGAAGAGGAAAUAAAACAAAGUACUUUGACUGAAACUAUACCGACAAUUAUAUUUCAUGGAAAAAUAUCACGAAUAUAUGAUUUCUUAGAUCAGAUUUAUUCUACUGAUGAAGAUUACGGUAAAAAUAAGCCUAAUUCAAUUACAAAUUAUUCAUAUCCAUCAUUCAUACAAGAACAAUCUAAAAUGUAUAUUACCAUGUUUCAAUUUAACAUGGGACAAUCUUACUCUUUUAUGGAACAGAAACUUAAGAUCAUCGAACCUAUAAAUGAGCAAAAUUAUGUAAAACCCUCAUUAGUUGGGUAUAUUCGUGUUGCAUUACAAUAUAAAAAACCAAAUACUGAUGAAGAAAGUAAUAAUAAUGACUGGGUAACAUUCGGUUGGACACAGAUACAAUGUUUUACUAAGAAAGACAACUCCAAAUUUGUUAACGAAACUGGUUCAAAGAUUUAUCCAUAUAAAUUAUGGACACGUGAGGUUAUCAAUCCAAUUGAACAAGGUACCUAUCCGGAAAUAUUAUAUGAUUCUGCAUGGACUAUGGAUUAUUUGUUAAUUCCAUUCAAUUAUUUAUUUUAUCACUUCUACUCAUUACCCAUCAUAGAAACAGAUAGUACUAUACCACUUCAACUUCUACAUGGGUCACGAAUGUCUCUUCGACUUUAUAACCCUAAUAUUGAAGCAGUACCGAAAGUUAUAGAACAACCAACUAUCUAUAUAACUAGAUCAGUUCAAACUAAGGUGAUAUAUAAAGAAACAGUAAAUAUUGAAGAUGCUGAAUAUCUUCAAGAAGAACAAAUUAUAGACCAGGAAGUUGAGGAUAUUGAAGAAUUAAGUCCACCAGCUACUCCGAUUGACGAUCCAUGGGUACCAUUCAAAAAACUUGCACCAUACGAAAGAUUAAUGAAACCAUCUUCAACAUCUGAACCAUUUUGUAUUUAUGUCGAUCAAUUACGCUUCAUGCCAGAUAACUCGACAAUUUUUAAGGUUACUGGUCGGUUACUAAAUACAAAGUAUGAUGAGGAAUUAUCGGACAUUUUGAUUGUACCAGAAGAAAAUUUUGAGAUAAGAGAAACUAGUAGAUCACCAGUUUUUUCUCCAAAUCAACGUUUUAUUGUUAAUCUUAGUCAAAACAAAACUUUAUCCCAGAACUCUUUACUAUUUCUAAGGGUGUAUACACUUACACUCACAAAUCUAAAAUAUGUAGUUAUUGGAAACGUUCUGCUGAAGUUAUUCAAUUCAAAUGGUCUACUUAAUAUUGGUGGGCAUCAACUUAGAUUAAGAUGUGAAGUACCGAAACCAAUAUCUCAGAACAUGAAUAAUAAUGAAAUAUUUUAUCAAGAAGAUUCAUUAAAUAAUGCACCUUAUAUACAUUGUUCAACAAUUCUUGUUCGUCUCUUACCUUAUACAAAGAAGCCUUUACCUCAACCGGAAUACAGAUUUAGAUCAUAUCGUUCAGCUGAAUCGACUCCAACAAAUUUUGAAUGGGUUGUAUAUCGUCAAUUCCAGUCCGAUGAAAAUAGGAAAACAGACAUACACAGUAUGGUGAAAAUGAUUUUACGGCGUGAGGGUGAAUUCGACAAAUCUUCAGAACAAAAUGACUUCUUAACUCCUGAUUAUCUAUUUCGUUACACACUUCAACGAAUGUCAAUUAAAAGAAAUACAACUACAAAUGGUAUACCAAACCAAAUGAUUUCAGCGUUUCCAUUUUUUUAUCGUGUAAAUGACGGUUUUCUGUUAAGUUUAAAGGACGCUAAGGGUUUGACAGUAAAAGAAGGAGAUUAUAUUUUUGGGUUGGCUAAAGUUAUACGAAGCUCUGAUACUAGUCUUAUGCCAGUUAACAAAUUUUAUGGUUUUGGCAAUGAUGAUGACUUAUUAUUCGACAGAUUUGAUUCAACAAUGUCUCUUGAAAAUCCUAAAUGGGAAGACGCGCCUCAACUUACUAAACCAUACUACGACUCGAAUGCGUUACUAAUCAUACAGAUAUUUAGAGUGCCUUUAGUAUUCACUAUUGGUGGAUCAAUAAGUAUAACCAAAUCAGGCAACUGGUUCAUUCCACAACUGGUUUCUCGAAAACCGAACAAACGACAAAUCACUAAAUUACAAAAAAUACACUUGAUUGGUUGGUCGUUCUUGCGUCUAUUUGAUUGGGGAUUUUUACGUAAUGGAACGCAUAAACUUUGUCUUCUUAAACCUCCAAUUCGUUUACGAACAUUAGAUAAAAUACAAAAUAAAGAUGAAGAAAAGUCAAUCAUGCUAAGAUCAGAUAGUUUUCUGGAAAACGCAAGUCUCACUAUACACUUACAAAGUGCUCGCUUUCUAGAUUUUAUUGAAGAAUUAAAAAUAGAUCAGCAGCCAUAUUAUUCUCAUAUUCCAAACGACGAACAUGGUACAGUAGAUGAAUAUGAAAAUGUUAAUCAACAAAUGAAAGAGUCUAGCAGGACUAACUUAGGUUCCAUGGCAGAAUUCAGAGCUAAAUCUGAUACGAAUUGGCUUCAACAAGGAGAAAUUGGAAGUGAAAAACUUUACACAGAAAUUCAUGAGUUCCUCAAGAAUCAAGUGGCAAAUUGUUCAUCAAAAAAAGAAUACAUGCCAUUAUUUUUUUCUCGGCUAUAA